GUUGCACGAAAAUGGCGGUGGCCGAGGUGGCUCCUUUCAGCCCUUUCAGGUUCAUUUCUGUUUCCAACUCUCCAACUCUUCGGCCUGUGUCGAGCGAUCGAAUGUGAUUACAUCUGCCAUCUCCUUCUCUUUCUCUCUCGAGCUAUCUCUUCGAACGAUGAAGAAAGAAGGAGAUGGCAAAUAAUCGUUUUUCGUCGAUUCGAUUGCUCGACGCAAGCGACCGAAAAGUAGGCCGAAAAGUAGUGAUAGGGGAAAGCGAGUGCUGUCAGUCAGCCCCUCCACGUGUAGUCGGCGUGUAGAUUUCGAUAAUUCGAUGCCAUUGCUGCGCCGGAGUCAACGGCCGUUGACGGUGACUACAGCUGGUCGUGGAGUCUGUGGAGAGAGCAAUUCGAAAGCGAUGGCGGUCGUCGUCGUCGAGCGCGUCCGGCCGACAGGCCGCUGUCAGUGAUGAGAAGGAGGAUUAUCGCUUUCGUACACGCGCCCGCUCGUCCGCGCCGCCGCCGCGUCACGCCCGCCUAUCGAGUGUUGAUAAGGAACCGCCGCGGUUAGAGAUCUGCGUAGCUCCCACACGCCGCUAGAUCAUCCCUCUUGUUGUGUGUCACAUGUGCUACACGCGAGAAAAAUGAGCAUUCUGCGAAAGAGAUUGAGCGAGUUCGAUGACGUUCUCGACGCGGACGAAAUUAACACGGCCAGCCUCAGUAAAAUAUGUUUCCACGGUAUACCCGAUGAGCCCGGUGGCCUGAGACCUCUGUGCUGGAAGCUAUUGUUGAACUAUUUACCACCGACAAAGUCUAGUUGGUUAGAGACUCUAAAGCGCAAAAGGGAAUUGUACAAUACCUUCAUUGAGGAUCUCAUUGUUAUGCCUGGAGGAUCGAAUACUGAUGAUAAAGAAAGAGUCGAUGUGACGUUACACGAUCAUCCUCUUAAUUUAAAUCCAGACAGCAAGUGGCAGACAUACUUUAAGGAUAAUGAAGUUCUACUUCAAAUUGAUAAAGAUGUUAGACGACUGUGUCCAGACAUAUCAUUUUUUCAACAAGGCACUGAUUAUCCAUGUGAAAAGAUAGUGAAUGCUAAUGGCCAACAGCGUUUGCAUCACAGAGUUCAACACACAGUACUGAAAAGUGCCAAUGUCGAAAGAAAAGGCUUAGGAGUGACCAAGCAGCAGAUAGCAGUUUCUGUCAGAAAGGCUUCAGAGGAUUAUGCACCAUUGGACGAAGGUGGAGAAGCACAUUGGGAGGUUUUAGAAAGAAUACUCUUUUUGUAUGCUAAGUUGAAUCCCGGCCAGGGUUAUGUGCAGGGAAUGAACGAAAUAGUCGGACCUAUAUAUCAUGCAUUUGCUUGCGAUCCGGAUCCCACAUGGAGAAAACACGCUGAGGCGGACACUUUUUUCUGUUUUACUAAUCUGAUGGCCGAGAUACGUGAUUUCUUUAUAAAGACGUUGGAUGAAGCUGAAUUUGGAAUUAAUUCGAUGAUGAGCAAAUUGACCAAUCAAGUUCGAGCCAAUGAUCCUGAUGUUUGGUUGCGUCUACAUCAACAAGAGCUGUGUCCGCAAUAUUAUAGCUUUAGAUGGUUGACUCUCCUUCUUUCGCAAGAGUUUCCCUUGCCAGAUGUUAUGAGAAUAUGGGAUUCCUUGUUUGCCGAUGAAAACAGAUUCAGUUUCCUUAUACAUAUCUGCUGUGCCAUGAUCCUAUUAGUGAGGGAUCAGUUAUUGGCCGGCGAUUUUGCUACAAAUGUUAAACUUUUACAGAAUUUUCCUUCAAUGGACAUCCAGAUUGUGCUCUCUAAGGCUGCUGCUUUGGCAGGCAAAACUUUUUAAUUUUUAUAACAAUUGAUUAAGAAUACGAACAAGAUUCAAUGAUUUUUAUAUCGAAUAUCAUGAUAUUCCUCUUCUUCUUCUGAGCUUUCAUGGUCACAUACGUGAUAUAUUAUAAAGCGUAAUUUUAUAUAUCGUUGUCAUUCCCGAGGAGAGUGAAAAAAAAAAAUCAAUAUAAAAAUAUUAAUUAUAAUAUCAUGUAGAUGUUUGAGCUGAUCUUAUAUCAGACGAUCUUAUAUCAAACAUUUAACAGUUGUAUAUAUAACACACACACACAUAUAUAUAUAUAUAUAUAUAUAUAUAUAUAUAUUCUCGCGCGUAGCGAAUACUGAGAUCUACAUACAGCAUUUGCCACAUGUUAAAUUUUUUGAUAAAUUUAAAAAGCGUUUGUGUACAUAUAUAUUAUACUGGAAUGUAAUAUUUGGCUGAAGACGUCAAAGUGUAUAUUUAUAUAGAAGAUGAUAAUCAUUUCAUAAGCUGGUAAUGAUAAGAUGAGGAUUUAAGAAUCGAAGAGGGGAAUCUGAAUUAAGGUUUCCCAAUUGUCCGAUACAACUUUUGCAAUAAUCACAUCACAUUAGUAUCACGUAUAUUUAUACGCGCCAUAAUAAUUAGGCUAUACGUUAAGAGGAGAAAUUUUAUAAUCUUAUUUUUGUAAUAAAACGUAACUGUUCGAACUACGUUUAUAAAAUAAAGGAAAACGUUAUUAGUUUUCCGUCAAACUUACGUUGCCGUAUUUCCAUCCUAUAUGUAUUUCUAAAAUUGAAUUACUUUGCAAACGGUCGAGCUUCUAGAAAUAUGCGUUCUUUAUUCUACUCGCGAGUGAGCUGGAGAAAGAGAGAUAGCGACGAUCAUUAUUGGAUUAAUAAAGCCGUCUCUCGUUCCCUGGCAGAAUAAACUAAAUUUCCGGAUUUUAUUUCAUCCCGUCUAACUCUCUACGAAGUAGAAUGAUUGACCCAGACUAUGGCGGGAAUAUUAAUGAGGAUACAUUUCGGUUAUUCCGAAGCUACGCGAAUAUCUCCAUCACAAUCUGUGUAACGAUAAAUACAGGAAUUAUUAUCAAAGAAGACUGAAUCAG